CUCAGGCAGGAGGAGGCCUUGAGCGAGGGGCCGCAACAUGGCUGUGGUCCCCAAGCCCCGCUCGCGCUCCCCGCCUCUGCCUCCGCCGCCGCCCGCCAUCUUCUAUGGCCCCCUGGAGCCAGGGAACCCGGUGGUCGAGAGCUUCGAGAGCGACCUGGGCGCCUGCCUGGGCUUCUUGCGACGGAAACGGGAAGCGAGCUCAAAGGAGCAGGAGCUCCACCGCAGAGGGGUAACUACAUUGUUUAAUAUUUGGAGUAACUACAAGGCUCGAUUCCCAGAUUGGUAUUACAAUGAAAAGCUUGUCAAAGUUGGUGAUCAACUUGUGGAAAUGAAAGAAUAUAAACUAGCACUUUCACAUUGCUAUGGGCGAUACCUUCAGCAAAUCAGUAAUGUAAAUAUAAACAAACUUGGAUUAGAUGUGCAUGAGUUUAAGACCAGUUUUUUCCCCAAUGGAUUUAAAGAUCCAACUGCUGCACGUACAUUCCAUGUUUUGCAAGUGUGGAAUAUUUGCCUUUACAAAAUAGUAUGUGAUAAUGACAUCGAUCUCCUGAAUCAGGAAUCUGUGAAGACAUGUUUCAGAAUCUUGACGACAUUGCAAAUAAUCAUGCAGAUGACAUUGCCACAUGAGCAUUUAUGUUGGCUUGUUUAUAAUGGAACAAUUCAUAUGUAUACCAUAUCUAGACAUUUGAUGACCAUUGGUCAGUCAGCUAAGGUACUUGAGUAUUUAUUGUGGGCUUGUGUAUGUAUGGAAUCAUCAGUUCCACUUCUAGCCGUACAUUAUUUGACAUGGAGAGCGACUCUGUAUGCUGCUGUUUGCCAGUGUUAUUAUGACUGCCAUUGUGGUUUAUAUGGAGAGUUAUUUGCACGGCGUGGCUUGAUGAAAAUUGAUGAACUAAAGCAAAUGGAAAAUAUGAGUUCAUCACCACUGAGUGUGGAAACAAAGAAAAAAUUCAAAGAAGCAACUGUGAAGAUGGCAGCAUUGAUUUUCAAAAGAUCAGCAUUUGAACCCAGAAGACGGCCAAAGAGUUAUUUUCGACCAAGAGUGAGAGUUAAUCUAAGAGAGUUACAGCAUCUGCCUUGGCCUCGUACAAUUACAGAACGAUUGCUAAUGGAGAUGUUUGAUUGUAACUCAUCUUAUUUUUUGGCCAUCCUGGAAGCUCUAUUUGAUAAAAAUAGACGGACACUGAUCCCUGGGCCUCCUGUUCCUGACGAAAUUGAAGUUCAUGAUGUCAUUUCAGAGCUCUGUUUUGCAGGCGUGGAUAUUCUUGAAGGUGGUGGCAUAAAUACAAUGAGUAACACACCCAUUGAUGUUUCUGGUGUAAUAAAUGCAUCAUCCACACUUAUGCAACAGAUACUUGCAGGGAAGAAUAGUGUUUCUGCAACUGCUGUUUUGAGAUUUCUUAAGAUGGCCUUCAGCUAUGAGGAAUGGGAUUCAUUUGAUCAUACAAUGAUGCUAUUUUUUCCUUUUCUUCAGAAUCAAAACAACACAGAAUGGAAGAAAGCAGAAUCAGAACUGAAACUACUUAUAAUAAUGCAGCCUCUACUCUCUACACGGAAACCAAGGCAUGGUUUGUGUAUUCAGGGAGGUAAUAUCCGAGAAGCAGUUGUUUUACGUAGUCCAAGAAGAAAAUCCAUUUCAUUUCAAGAAAAAACAACACAGACAGGAAAAACUACUGAUGAAGUUUUUUUGUUGGCAAAAACUCUUUAUUCUUGUGUCUGCAUGUCUGAGAAGGUUCACCUGCCAGAUAAAGAAAUGAUAAUAGAUGCCACAAUGUUUCUGUGGCAGAAGUGUAAACUGGGAAUUCAGAAGAUACAAAUAAGUGGAAGCAACUUUUUAAAAUGUCCUCAAAAAUAUCAAACACCCAAGUGGAUUCAUAUCCUUAAUAUAAUUAAUGAAGUAUUUCAUAGCAUUAAUCUUGGAGAUGUCAAUGCUGUGACAAUGGCUGAAGUCUCACUACGACUAACUUCAGUGAUGGAAAGUAUUGCAGACUAUGCAGUCAAAUCUGAAAGCACAACAGUACUUACAGAAAUAAAUGAUUCUAUAUUGGCUUCAGAAUACAACAUUGCUGGUAUGCCUUCAUUAAUACAGAAAUCUGCUACAGAACAAUUACAGUUGGCUUAUGAACAACUAGACAGGGCAAUUCAUGGAAUGAAUCAAGCUCGCCAAGUUACUAUUCUGCCUGAUGGCACCUCCGUACUUGACAACUGUUGCAAAAAGAUUCCUGUACAUGACCAGAAUUUGAGUAGGUCUUUGACAUCUGAGACUAUGGAGAGAUCACCAACAGGAAAUAAUUUUAUUAUGGAUCUACACAUUGAUCUUAUUCAGGCUCAGCACAGAGUAGCUGUUAAACUACUUAACUUGAGACAAGAUGUGAAAAUAGAUGGCAAAAAUAUUAAAAUCGGCAUCCCUGCAAAAGAUAUAAACCAAUUAAAAAUUUUAACAGAACCAGAUAUAAUGAACAAAAUAAAAAAGAACAGGUUGUCCAAAGCUUUAUACUUGAUGCAGAAAGCCACAUUGAUGCUUCCAAGAGGAUUGAUUAAUACUUCUCCAAAUCAGCUCCUUGAGGAAGCACUUAUUCUAAUUCAGAAAGCAGAAGCUGAACAAAAUACAUUAUGUGCCACUUUGCCACAACUUGCAAGUAGUGUAAAAAGGAAAGUUCCACCUCCUCCUAUAUUGGUUUACAGAUCACACUGUUCCAUGGCAUUUAAGCCAGCACCGUUUGAGUCACAUGUGAAGGUGUCAUGGUACAGUAUUUUUGGAUGCGUAGCAGAAGGAAGCAACCCAAAAGUCCGGUUAAAUAAUUACAAUCUGAAGAACACAGGAGAAGCGAUACCAGUUGAUGAAAUGUGCAUCUUAGAAGUGAAAGAUUUAGAACCCAAUCAAAAGUACAUAUUUGCAGUUGCAGCGUAUGACUCAGAUGGAAAACUUAUUGGUGAUAACAUUGGAGAAACAACUAAGCCAAUCCUUGCAUAUCCUCCUCUUUCAGCUGCUACUGUGCGAGCACAUUUGAUUCAGUCAGCUUUUCUAGUAAAACACUAUACAUUAUGUAAGAAGGCAUUUCAACCUCUCUGGGACAGUUUUGUCUCAGUACCUUGUACUCCUGUCACUGAUGUCACAACUGUUUCUGUAAGCAGCACUCUGACAAUACCUCAGAACAGAUUAAGUACUGAAGCCAUUUCUCACGCAUCUCCAAACCUAUUAUAUUUGUUCGUCAGAAGCAUUUUUAUUAUCAAUGACAUCACUGUGAAAGAUGGAGCUCUCUUCUGUGACUCUCUUUGUUUCAAUGAGUUAAAAUACAGCAGACAGGUUGCUAGAAUAGCUGAGUGUGGACGAAUGCUAGUGGCAAUUGACCUCAGUAACUGGUUAAAUGAUGUACAUUAUGUCCUCCAAUCAGUUGUUUAUUGUUAUGGCCUUAUAGCUCCCUUGGUGUAUCAUAAGAUUCCUUCAGAACCGAUCAUUCAGAUCAUUGUUAAGUGUCUCACUGUUCUUCAUGAAAUCCCAAAUACAACACUGCAAAAAAGAUCAGCAGCAUGUUUUGAGAGCAUUCAACACAUGAUAGCUUGUUUAUGCUUUUUCGCAGCAAAGGUACUGCGCUCAUGGAAGGAAUAUGAAUUAGCAAUCGUAGUUAUUAACUAUGGAAAAAAGUUGCUGGAUUCUUCACAGACAACAUCACAAUUGACUGAAGGUGGAGAAGUAGAUGAAGUAAUAGAAAAUGAGGUCCCUUCCAAAAGGCUUAAAGCACAAAUAGCUGCAGCUGAGAAGGUAAAUGAAAACUUAGAAGCUUUGGAAUCCAACUUGCUCAAACUGACAAAACCAGGACAGGAAUUUACAGGAGAAGAAGAUUCUUUGCUUUUGUAUCCUGUAGUUUCAAACUGGCAAACUAAGUCUGCUUUUAAGGAAGUUAUGAAAUUCAAGAAAAGCCCCCGCUUCCUUGAAUAUUUUGUAAAGCUUGUUUACAAAGCAAUCCAAGAAGAAAAAUAUUCACGAAUAAUAGAGUGGGCUGAUGAAGUACAAGACUAUUUUAGAAAACGAAAUAGAGGUAUUCUUGGUAUCAAGCGAGGAAAGAAAAAAGGAAAACGUAAUGUAUCUGCAGAUAAAAAGAAACUUCAAACUCCAGACCUCAAUAAGAUGACAAUGUCACCAACACCUGGGAAAAAAUCAAAGUCUGCUAAGAAAAAAUAUCCCAUGAAACAGAUUACACGCAGACUAUCUGACGCACAAAGGAAAGAAAAUGAAUCAAAAAAGUUGGCUUACCAAAUGCUGAUUAACAAGCUGAAUUUACGCUGCCAUGUCUACAUAAAACGAAGAAGGUUUCGUUGGAUAUAUGUUGAAGAAAUGCCAUGGAGAUCUCAGCUGAAUAUUUACUUGGGAAUUGGUCACUUCAAUUUGUUUAAAAAACGGAUAGAAGAAUUUUAUAAUGUUGAAGUUCACACUUUACAGAAUAUGACCAGUUAUGAUGAUCUGGACCCUGAAAUACUAUCAUUAAACAAGUCAGGCACCAUAGUUGUGACAGCAACCACAGAAGAGCAAAUGAAAUCUUUUACUCCUCCAUUUUUUAAAAGAACAACAUCAGGGAAGAUAAGAAGAAAAACUGUUUCUAGAAGUCAAGAGUUGCUUGCUCUUCUUUGCUCAGACACACUUGACCCUACUCCCCCUGGCUCCGAGUCUGCUCCUUCUUUGUCUGCAUCUUACCAUACAUUGCAGAAUGCUUCUUCGGCUACUGUUUCCAGUUCAAGUCUACUUGACCUCAGUACUUGUCUCACUCCUGAAACUGAUGCCAUGAUGGAUUCCACUGAUCUGACUCAGGUUUCACCUUCAGUUCCAGAUAAAGACACAGAUUACUCUUCUGAACAUUCUACAAGAGAUACUCCUCGAUCAGGUCAAGGAUAUCAUACCAUCAAGGAACGGGAAAAAGCUCUCUGCUACACUGCUAUGAUGGAUCACUUCCCUAAGAUUUUUCUUCAUUUUAGAAGAGCUGUGGUUAUUGCUCAUCGUGGUGGCCAUUGGACAAUGCUUCAGAAUGCAUGCAGAGACCUUUGGAACUACACUCAGGAAGUACAGUCCAUUAUUAAACAUUCACCAUCUUUUCAUGCACCAUUUCCAAUUACCAAGGAGCUUUUUCAUAAUACAAUUUGGCUAUCAUAUUAUCUGGCGUCGGACGCAUUGAUUGACAUGUUAGUUGAUCUCCAAGCUAGUAAUUCUAUAAAGAUUAUUGAAGCUGAAGGAGUUUUCUGUGUUCCAAGCUGUGUAGGAGGCAUUGGUGAUUAUGAUGGAGGUUCUAAUCUUUCUUUCCAAAACCCAUUUGAUGAUAUGAAUGUUGUUGAUUUUCCUGGAGUACAUAAUGUAGUCCUUCGAACUAUUGAGAUUCUAUUUCAUUUGAAGAAAUGGGAAUCACUAGUAUACAUUGCCAUGCAGUUUAACACGAUUACACAUGAGAGAUAUACUGAGCAAGUUACUCCUUUAAUGGUGUUUGCUCAGAGACAGUUGCAGGAAAAAAUACAAUUCAGUGAUUCUGACAACCCACAGUCUUGCUUCAAACAUCUUGUAACUAAUACUGGAGAGAAGGUGUGUUGCAGAGAUUUUAUUGCAAAACGACUACAUUCAAUUGCCAAAUGCAGUGAAGCAGCUGAUGAAGAAUAUUUUUAUAGUUCAGAUACAAAAGCAAGAGCAUUGGUUUCUGUUCCCUUGGAUGUAUCUGAUACAUUGAAAUGUUUCAAUGAAAGCCUAGAAAAAGCAAAACACUACAGCAGAUGCCUUAAAUAUAGUAGGAAACUACUUUCACUGUAUCUUGCUCACACACAAGAACAUUCUGAAAGGUUAAGCAGAACAAAAGAAGUGUCCUCACAUGGAAAAGUGGGAUUUAUAUUGGGAGCUGAAUUGACAUACCAACCAGAACCACCUGAUCUUUCAGAAGAAACUUUUAGUUGCCUUGGUAUGGUUCAAAGCAACGCCAUUCCACGAUCAAAACUGUCAAUAGUAGUUGCUUCAUAUGAACACACACUUGAAGCACUGCAAACAAAUAACCAGCAAGGCCUCAAGGUGCAGGCUUUCCAUGAACUUGGAAAUCUUCACUUUUCUACAGGAAACAAAAGAGCAGCUUUUAAAUGCUGGUGCCAAGGCCUCGAUGAAGUCCUCAAAAUAGUUGAUGCCCUUAAUAACUGGCAAGAGUUAGAUGGCUUGUCAGAGAAUGACAUUGGCAACUUGGCAAAUGUGUCUCAGAAAUGCUGUGAGAGAUUUGUUUCUCGAGCUGGAAUUUGGGGUUGUUUACAAGGAGCAAUAUUAGCAGCUAAAACAGCUCAGCACAUAUUAUUAUAUGAUAUCAAAUUAAGAACCAGAACCUGCAUUUUAUCUGCUGUUCUCUUCAAGUCCCUGUUUAAAGUUUCAUUACCACAUCCUGAAGCUGAUUGUGACUUUGCACAAUAUGAAACAGAUAUUUUAAUUCCUGGCAUUGAUUUAUUUGCGGAUUAUUUUAGAGCUGAUGUUGCAAAUGUUGUUGCAAGUUUGAAUUUCAUUAUGUAUGAAUUGCACUGCAGCAAACACAAUCUAAUAAUUUUGCCAUUAUUUACAUUAUAUCAAUACUUUGUUUCUGAAAUUUGUCGUGAUGCAAAUAAAUGUAUUGAAGGCCGGAUUCUCAAGAUUAAAGUUCUUACAGAUUUAGGAUUUUACACCGAUGCUUUCCAUGAACUGUGUAUUCUUAACCGUGGAGAGAAAAUUCCCUGGAAACUACCAUCUGCCUAUAAGCCUGCUCCAAAACUCCCGGUCUUUCCAAAGUUUGAUUCAUCACAACCACUCCUGACAAAUGUAAAUCUGCAGGCAAUAGAAGAUGUGUUCAACAGGCCUCUAAAUUCAAACUGGGCAUCAGCAUGUGAUCCACGAAUCAUGAAUAUAUUGAUUCUAGCCAAAACACAUUUUAUUAUUUGCCUAUCUGCAACAUUAAAUUGUGUUCCUGAAAAAGUGAUACAAGCAACAUAUUGUGUGGACACUGAAACCUUAAGAAGGGCAGGAAGAAACACAGAGGCAUUCCUGAAAGGCUUUAUACCACCUUCAGCAUUUACAACCCUGAAGCGGGAACCAAUUGUUAUGGUUGUGGAACUUGAACGAAACAAAGAUCUUUUAAAUAUGGGCAUGCUAAAGGGUAUUUUAUUGGAAGAAGCUGAAGAAAGGAUUAAUACAGUUCUUGACACUGUGCAAAAUAAGUAUGGUACAUUGAUUUAUGAGUGUUCAGCUUCAGAAUUGGAGAUUGUCACUGAAGCUAAACUUCAACUUGCAGCUAUUGCUCAACAGAGGCUUCAGACAGCAUUCAGUGCUGCAUUAGCCUUUUCUGCAUUAAAAAUUCUUCAGAAUGCAACUGUUUUCAAGAAGAAGUCUAACUUAUCACAAAACACACAGAGAAAAAGUGAGACCCAUAAUGAAGGGAUUUAUACCGAGGAUUCCAAUCUGCUUCACAAUGUAAUAGCACGAGAACAUAUGAAUAUACAUAUAUGGUUGAGAUGUCGUUUGGCCUUAGUGACUGCGAUUACAGCACAAGCACGAGGCAUUGAAACAAUGAAAGAAAAUGAAUUGAUGGAGUGUUCAUGUCUGAUCAGUGAGGUACAAAUGGAAGCUCAGGCAUUCAGUGAUGUUGAGACACUUGCUGACAUUACUAUGCAAGCAGUUAUGCUUGGCCUGCAGGAAAAACAACCAGUGGCAGACAUUAAACUUGGUCUACAGAAUAUAAUCAGGUUGCUUGAAGACAAGACAAUGAUUUCUCCACCAGCUUCUUUAACACUAGUGCAAAGUAUGCUUUUGCUAGCUGACAUAAUGAGAAUGCAAGCAGAAGGUGAUUCAGAACGUCAUACAUCUAAGACUGAACAACUGAACUUAUUACUUCUGGCACACACAAUUGUCAUUAAACAGUUGUUUCUUUUGGGACAAUCACUUGAGGAACAUGCAGAAGAUCCUACACUGACCACUGUGAAAAUGCCUUUGAAAAACAUAUAUCUUCCACAUAUCACAUUACUGGCAAAAGUAAAAAUGAGAAUAGGGCAUACAUUAGCUCUAGAAUUGUCCUGCAUAUCAAAACCACAAAGUGAACUGCAAUGGCUACAAGCUCUCAGACACAUAGAAACUGCACUGAACCUUUCUACAGCAUCAAUAAGAAGUGAUUUAGAGCUGAAAGCAGAACUUCUUUUUCGGAAAGGGAAGAUAGAACGACAUAUUGAUUCAAUAUGUGGUAAUAAAGCAACACUUGCUGUUGAAACCUUGUUGGAGGCCAUAAAAGUAAGCUUGAAGAGUUACCAAAAUUACAGCUUGAUAAGAAGAGCAUACAUGGAGAUAGCGUUGCAAUAUUUUUUUCUAAUCACAAAUAUAGAGGAAUCACCUACUUUGACUACACUGAAAGGAAGAAUAUUUAAACCCAAGCCUACCAGCAGACACCGUGUUAGUUCUGAAGAAAUUACAGCCCUAGAAAUGUACAGAGUACAAGCCUGGAUUGCAAUAAGAGCAGCAGCGCAGGUCAGUGAAGCUAUUCUGGCUUCCCAGCAGUUAAGUGGAAAGAAGGCUGUUAAAUUGUACCACGUGAGAUAUAGAGUACUCCAAAGCAUGCCAGAAUUUGCUCUCCUGGACCUCAGUUCUUCUUACAAAGACUUUUUAGAUGAAGGAUAUGAAGUUAGAUAUAAAGUUCCCAUUAUGCCUGCUACACAAGAAAGUGAUGGAGCUGAGAGUAUGUCUUCUGAUGAAAGCCAGGGAAAAUUGAAGAUACCCUGGAUCCAUGUAAUUCGCUAUAAUACUUAUUUAACCAGACUCCUGAACAUGAUCCCUCUGGUUGCUGUUCCAAAAGCAGGUGAAGGCUUAUUUGUUAAAGAAGAUGUGUUGUUCACUUCAGUGUUUGACACAACAAUUACUCUGCGCUUAGCAGAACUGCAUACUUUCUUGAAAGCUUAUUUGCCUGUAUAUUUUGACUGCUGCCUUCAGGAACCUCCAAAACAGCUAUAUGGUUUUGAAAAGCCUUGUUACAGUAUGACUGUUCUUGAGAAGCCAACCCUAGAUUCACUUGGACUAGCUCAAAGAGCUUCAUUGGGGAGACUAACUUCUGAUGUUACGUCUAUGUCUGAGGUAGACAUCCUUACAGACAACAAGGCAACCAGUACUCCCAUUAAGGAACUUUGUGUGCAGUGGUACCUUCCAUCUUUGGAGAAAUCAUCAAAAGAUGGAGAGACAAUGGUUUUGUUCAUUUUUGCAUAUAAUAAAAAACCAGUCAAGCUGACCAACAUCAAAUCUUUCAAUGCAGCCAAUGUAUUUUGUGGUUAUUUAUGGAUCCCACUGAAUAGGGUUAUUGCAGUACGUGAAAAGUUGUCUGAUGUGAAGCAACAAAUUGAAUUCUUAAUUCAAUCAGAGAUGAUUCCUCAGACAGUAACUGAACUACCACAACAGAAUCCUUUAGCAGGAACCAGAAGUAAUGCAACAAAGGUGUCAUUAGAUGAAAAAACAAAGGAAAUGGUUGAAGAAUGCAUUUCUGAAAUAAAAGCCUUGUUAUCUGUUGGCUCAGAUCAGUCAUCACCAGUCUCAGAGAUCCCAUUUGACGUAUCUUUACUAGCAAUAAAGAACUUAAGGAAAUUAUUUGAUCCAGCUAAUGGGUGUGUGAUAAUCGCAGGAAGUGUUUUCAACUGGAUAGUGUCAUUGCUCAGCUGAAUGUUCUUUGUGGACUGAAAUCGAUAUGUAUUUUCAGUUAUGGAGUUUGACCGUUUUUGGAAUAACUGAUUCCUUAGUACUUAAAAUAAUAAAUCUGUGGUCUUUGUAAAUUAUAUUGUUCUUGAUUCAUAUUGUAAUUUCCUAUGUUAACUUUUUUGUUUAAAAGAUAUAAAACACCUUCCUCUAUGGACUCAGUGAUAUUCUAAGAACUGUUUUUGUUUUAAGUAGAAUUAAAUUAAGGUUUUUUUUUUAGUAAACAUUGCAGAGGAUUUAUAUCUAUUUAUACUAGAGCAAAUUUGAUUCGUUCUCUUAAAGCUGCCUAAUAAAAUAAAUAUUGUCUUCCUCUUUUCUCUUAACUGCUUAGACCUGAGUAAUGAUUCUGAACUAAUAACUAUAAUAUUCCAUCAGUUUCUGGAAUUUAAAGAUUUUGACACAUUUAGUAGUACCUGUCUUCAGUGGAUUGUGACCUUUCAGUGGAUAUAUUUUGGUUGAUUAACUUCCAUCUCUAUUUUAAAAAUAAUAAUAAUAAAAGA